AUGGCGUGCCUGGGUUUCCUCCUCCUCCUCCUCACCAGUGCCAUGGCCUGGGGGGAGUACGGUGUGGUCCACGUGGUGUCACAGAAUUGGAGCAAGGACUACUGCAUGCUGUUCAGCUCCGACUACAUCACCCUGCCCCGGGACCUGCGCCACGCCCCACUCCUGCCCCUGCAUGAUGGCACCAUGGCACCCUGGUGCCCAGACAAGGACCCCACCCACCAGGCCCAGCCCAGCCCCCCUAGCCAGCUGCCCCUCCACCGGACCACUGCCAUGGUCAUGAGGGGCAACUGUAGCUUCUAUGCUAAGGGCUGGCUGGCUCAGGGCCAAGGUGCCCACGGGCUGCUCAUCGUGAGCCGGGUCAGCGGCCAACAGUGCUCAGACACCACCCUGGCGUCCCAGGACCCCCGCAAGCCCCUGCCAGACCUCACCAUCCCUGUGGCCGUGCUCCGAUACACCGACAUGCUCGACAUCCUUGGCCACACGCACGGGGGCGCCAUGGUCCGUGUGGCCUUGUACGCGCCCCCAGAGCCCAUCCUAGACUACAACAUGGUGGUCAUCUUCAUCCUGGCUGUAGGCACCGUGGCCGCGGGCGGCUACUGGGCUGGCCUGACCGAGGCCGACCGGCUGCAGCGGCGCCGGGCGCGAGGAGGAGGGGGGCCCGGUGGUCAUAAUCAACAGGAAGCAAUGACAGCCCAGAGGGGGCAGGAGGAAGACGAGGACGAACCUGUGGACUUCACAUCGGCCAUGACGUGCGCGGUCGUCACCAUGUCCUGCUCCAUCAUGCUGCUGCUCUACUUCUUCUAUGACCACUUCGUCUACGUCAUGAUCGUCAUCUUCGGCCUGGGUGCGGGCACCGGCCUUUACAGCUGCCUGGCCCCCCUGGUGCGCCACCUGCCCCCGCGGCCGUGCCAGCGGCCCCUGCCUGGCCGCCGGGCCUGUCGCCAGCUGGCCCUGCUGCUGCUGGCUGGCCUGUGCCUGCUGGUGACCGUCCUCUGGGUUGCUUACCGCAACGAGGACCGCUGGGCGUGGCUCCUGCAGGACACCCUGGGUGUGGCCUACUGCCUUUUCGUCCUGCGGCGCGUGCGGCUGCCCACACUCAAGAACUGCACCUCCUUCUUGCUGGCCUUGCUGGCCUUCGAUGUCUUCUUUGUCUUCGUCACACCGCUCCUCACCAGGACGGGCGAGAGCGUCAUGGUGGAGGUAGCCUCGGGCCCGGCAGGUUCCCUGAGCCAUGAGCGGCUGCCCAUGGUGCUGAAAGUGCCCCGGCUGAGCUUCUCAGCCCUGACCCUGUGUGACCAGCCCUUCUCCAUCCUCGGCUUUGGUGACAUUGUGGUCCCGGGCUUCUUGGUGGCCUAUUGUCAUCGCUUUGAUGUGCAAAUGCACUCACGCCAGGUCUACUUCAUGGCCUGUACCAUGGCCUACGCCGUGGGCCUGAUGGUCACUUUUGUCGCCAUGGUCCUUAUGCAGAUGGGCCAGCCCGCCCUGCUCUACCUGGUAUCCAGCACCCUGCUCACCAGCCUGGCUGUGGCCGCCUGCCGCCAAGAGCUCACCCUCUUCUGGACUGGCCAGGGCAGAGCCAAGACACCUGCCCGGCCCAUGGCAGGGCUCCAUGGCGCCCCUACAGUUGACGCCAAGCAAAAGCAGGAGGAUGCAGCAGACGUCUACAGAUCCAGCGAGUCUGAGGCGGCCACUAACCCCUUGGCAAAGGACUUAGACAGCACCUUGGGGGAGGAUACUGCCAGAAUUGUCACGAUAUCUGAGGAUGAAGCCACCGGUCUGGACGGCUACAGCGAUAGCUCCGAGGGCUGGAGUGAUGCCAACCUGGACCCUGAUGAGCUUCCCUGUGCCUCCCCCAGGGCCUCGGAGGAGCUGAUGCCACUGAUGCCACGGCCCGCAGAGCGGGGCCAGGCCCAGGCCCAUGACACAGGCCUGUCCUGGACGGGGCUGCACAAAAGGAAGGGCUCGAAGGUAAAAAAGAGUAUGUCAACCCAGGCUGCCUUGUGA